AUGGCUCGCCUUGCUUUAAUCGCCCUGCUCGUGGUCUCGGCGCAAGCCAUCAAAAUCGACGACGAAUUGGAGAUGAACUUGGAGCUGAUCAAGCAUCAGCCCUGCAGCUAUAAACCAGGUAGAACUGCGUUGAACGCGGCCGUUGCAAAGAAAUUUUCCAGAUAAAGCCAAAUGGGAGCGCAAGAUUGAAUUCGAAGCCGGCACCGAUCGAUCGGGCCCCAAGUUGUUGCCAAGACCCGGCUCCGACAGCUGCUACAGUAUCGGCGGGAAAGUGGAGGUGUUCAGCGAGUUCAAGGGCGAAUUCAGUAUUUAUCUGGAGUUGAGGUCCUCAGCCAACAAGAAGCAGGUGCCAGAGACCUGCCAAAAACAAAGACCUGAUGGCUGCGGAGGAUUCGGAUCGUGGUAAAAUUUUUUUUGGAAUUUUUGGUUGAAAAAAUCUCUGUAAAUUACUACAGUAUAUUUUCAUAAAGUGCAUGGACAUUUUUUCUCUUUCGCACAGUGCAUUUUGAACUUUUUUCCCAUGCUUGUCGCUAACGCGCAGUGCAGUUUUUUUCUUUUUUUUUGCACAGUGCAAACAUCAAAAAAGCCGUUUGCACUGUGCAAAUUUCUGACGCUGUCGCAGUGAUAUUUCAAAUGCACAGUGCGAAAACCAAAAAAAGAUAAAAUGCACGGUGCAAAAAAGAAGCAAAAAAAGAUGAACUGCACGGUGCAGAAGGAGGGUCUUUCGUGCACAGUGCGGAUUGCGGCAAAAUGUCCAUGCACUUUAUGAAAAUACUAUAUUAAUAACUCAAGAUUUACAUUUAUAAUCAAAAAAGAUCAUCAAAGAUCGCACCGCGACAUUCUGUUUAUUAUUUUCUCGACAGACUGAUCAUAAUCGCAAAUUUUUUUUCCUUUUCACUUCGAAAUCUUGAAAAAAAAUUUCAGUCUCUACUGCAACGCUUGCGAGACCCUGGCCCAAGCCAAGGGUGUUCAUGCCCAGCUUUUGUUGGAUGGAAAGCCGAUUACUUGCGGAGAGGGCCUCAAACCGGGCGUCUACGACAAUUUGGAGCUGGUUUUCUGUCUGCCAGAGAUUGAUGACAUCUUGAACAGCCAAGGAUUGAGCAAGGAGACCUUCAAGAGUCUGGUUCAAAGCGAAGUGAGUCAAAUUUUUCACUGAUUUCUCAAUUUUUUCGAAAUUGAAGUUUUCGUGGUGGGACCCGAAAUUUUGAGAAAUCUCGGUUAUUUUUCAAAUAUUGGUAAAAUACGAUGUUAUUUUUGAUAAGUACAUUGAUUUUAUACUGUCCCUGCUUAUUUCGCCGAGUUUUGGGAAAUUUCAGGUUUUCGUGGCGGGACCCAAAAUUACAAAAAAAAUCAGUUUUUAAAAUAUUUUCGCUUAUUUUGAAAUUUUCAGGACGGGCAAAACCUCCGAUCCAUGGGUAUUUUCGCCACUAUCUACGUCUUCGACACUGACGUGAGCAAACAAAUGCAGACCCAGGCCAAGGUGGAGGCGGUUUAUCGGAAGACGAAGCGCUCCUUCUUCCAAAACGAACCGCUUCCCGCCGAAAUCUACUGGUCGCUGCCGUUCAACUCGAUGAUCAAGGAGCAGAAGGUGUUCGUGGCGUGUCACAAGAUCUACGGAAACAUCAAGAUCAAGAGCACCAGCUAA